AUGGCUCCCCGCAGAAAGCGCCAGCGGCUCUCGCUCGAUGGAGCAGAAGCAGUCACAGCCACCGCCGAUGUUGAGCAACCCUCGAAGCCUUCCACAGCAGCGCCCAAAGAAGCUGCACGCAGACAACUUUUCGUUCGCGGGCUUGCGCCCACUGUCACCACCGAAGACCUGACCGAAUACUUCUCCGAAUCAUACCCAAUCAAGAAUGCGCUCGUCGUGCUGGAUAAAGAAACUCGCGAAUCCAAGAGCUACGGUUUCGUCACAUUCGCCGACGUGGAGGAUGCGCAAAGAGCAAAGGAGGAGUUGAACAACACAGAAAUCAAGGGAAAGAAGAUCAAGGUCGACUUUGCCGAGGCCAGACAGCGAGAGGGCGAAGAGAAGCGUCCCCGGGCGGGUGACAGGGCCAAGGCAGAGCGCGAGCAGCAGAUCAAGGAUGCGCAAACACCAAAACUCAUCAUUCGCAACCUUCCAUGGACUAUCAAGACGCCAGAAGACUUAGAAAAGUUGUUCAGAAGCUAUGGCAAGGUCAACUUUGUCAAUCUGCCCAAGAAGCCAAAUGGUGAACUGAGAGGCUUUGGCUUCGUCUCGCUACGGGGAAAGAAGAACGCGGAGAGAGCGAUACAGGAACUCAACGGCAAAGAGGUUGGCGAGAGGCCUAUCGCCGUCGAUUGGGCCGUGGAUCGAGACACAUGGCAGAGCCUGCAAAAGACCGAGCAGGAGGGCGACGAUGCCAAGGACGAGGGGGAGGACGAAGAUGAAGACAUGGAAGACGCGGAGAGCUCUGCUGUCAGCUCGGACGAAGACGACGACGACAACGACGACGAGGAUCUCGACGAUAGCAACACCGACUACGAAGACAUAUCGGAGGAUGACGAGGACGGUGGCGUAGAGCUUGACCAAGAAGACAACCGACCAAAGCGCGAGGAGUACACCGUCUUCGUACGCAACGUCCCCUUCACGGUAGAUGACGAGCGUCUUAAGGAGCACUUCCAGCAGUUCGGUGGCGUCCGAUUCGCGCGCGUCGUGGUCGAUCGCGAGACGGAACGACCAAAGGGUACGGGAUUCGUCUCGUUCUUUUCGGAAGAAGACAUGAUCAAUUGCCUGAAGGGAGUCCCGCGCGUCAAGCUACAGAAGAGGAAUCUCGACAAGAAAGACGGCUCCACCAUCACGGUCACACACUCUGUACUCGAAGACGAAGAUGCCGACCCAACUGGCAAGUACACCAUCGACGGUCGUAUCCUACAAAUCUCACGCGCAGUGGAUAAGAACGAAGCCACCCGUCUGACAGCAGAAGGCGCUGCUUCGCGCUUCAGUCGCGACAAAGACAAGCGUCGUCUCUACCUUCUCUCCGAGGGAACCAUCUCCUCCAACUCGCCUCUAUACCAGAAGCUCUCGCCCUCUGAAAUCAAGAUGCGUGAAGAGAGCGCAACAAUGCGACGUAAACAGAUCCAAGAGAAUCCUUCGCUUCACUUGUCCCUUACUCGCCUGUCUAUACGCAACAUUCCCCGCAGUAUCACAUCUAAGGACCUGAAGCAACUUGCUCGUAGCGCCGUCGUUGGCUUCGCAGCCGAUGUUAAGGAGGGCAAGCGUCAGAAACUUAACAAGGAGGAAGUCAUCCGUGGCGGUCAAGAAAUGCUUGUCGCCGAGAAAAUGCGUAAGAAGAAGGGCAAAGGUAUUGUCAAGCAAGCCAAAGUCGUCUUCGAAACACCUGCUGGUAGCAAAGUUUCCGAAGAUACUGGUGCAGGAAGGAGUAGAGGAUACGGAUUUAUUGAGUACUACACGCACCGAAAUGCACUUAUGGGCCUACGAUGGCUCAACGGCCACGCUGUAGACUACAAGAUCAAGUCUGGCCCUACCCCAAAGAGCAAGAAGGCUGCCCAAGAAGCGCUGGAAGAUAAAAGAAAGCGCCUCAUCGUCGAGUUCGCCAUCGAAAACGCCAAUGUUGUUAACCGACGUUCGGACCGCGAGGAAAAGUCCAGAGAAGCACCCAAGUCAAAGGCGGAUGGCGAGGCUGACAACAGCGAUGCCGAGCCGGGUGCGACCCAAGGCCAGAAGCGCAAGCGUAGUUCUAGCUCUGCAACCCAAAAUUCGGGCAAGGGUAAGAAGAACGGCAAAGGGAAACAGGGUACGGGUGCUGUGGAAGCUGACGCGGAAGCCGCCGCUGCAGUAAAGAGCAAAGACGGGAAAUUGGCACAGCGGACGAGAAUCAUUGCGAAGAAGAGGCAAGCGAGGAAAGCAAGAAAAGCUGGAAAAUAA